AUGCGAUCAAAUAAAACCGAGACAACGGCGGUAGACAAGGAACGAGACACGGAACAUCUCUUGCCAUACAGUGAGGGGAAAGCUUCAAAGAAGAUCACCGUUUGGAAGAAUCUUUGGGCGACAUCGUGUUUUCACUCGUUUCUUGCUGCUCAAUUGCAAAAGAUGGAUGGGAUCGCUGCUCAACAACAUGUCAAGGUGAACGCUGGAGUUGGGAUUCGAAAGCGUGUUGCAACGGAUCGUGAUAUUGAAGGCUUGAGUUCGAAGUUUCGACGAUUAUCGCUUCUUGAGUUUGGAUCUGAGAGAAGCGCCGUCGUUCAGAGCAUUUCAAGAAAAGUUCGAUCUGCCCGCCGAUCAGCUCGACAGUCGCUGGAUUCUUUCCCCACAUGCCACGUUGAGAAGAAUGAUCGAAGGCGCAUCGAAGAAGCUUUGUUUCAAGCUCAUCUCACAUCAGACGAAUCGGCGGUUCUAUCUAUUUCUGUCGCUGCGAAAGAAAUAGGAAAUGGACUACGAGCAAACUAUGGGAUACGCACACGUUCAAUGGCUGCCAACCUCUGCCAUCUAAGUGUCAAUGAAAUAAACAAAAAGCUCGAAGAUCUCGUUGCACAAAUUGAUGAGAAUCGACUUGUUCAAUUUUCCUCUCGGGCUGGUUUGCCGCUAGAACUUGCAGAUGUUGGUGGAAAAGAUUACGCGUUCGACAUUAUAAACUAUUUUCUUCACAACCAGAUGCCAUGUGAAAAUGUUGCUUCUCACUUUCCUGAGAUUAAACGAGCUCAAAUGGUUGAUUGGAUUUUUUGGAUCUCUUGCGUGGUCAGGCUACCAAAUGAAUCAUAUUUUUUGGCAGUUCAUCUGUUAGAUAAAGCACUAAUGAUCGACCAAAGCAUUUCUGAAAUGUCGGAUGUGCAAAACCGCGUUGUUAUGGUGGCAGCUGUGAAGGUUGCUGGAAGAUUCGAACUCGGUCCCGAAUAUGAAUAUGAAAUGUGCGGUCGUCUUAAGUCUAUGGUUUGCAAUGAUAAACUACAGUGCCAAGAAGACAAAAUUAAUCAAUGGGAAUCUCAGCUUCUGAAUUUUUUUGACUUCGCCAUUUCGCGCAAACACGUGUUGCACUUUCUCCGUAUUUUUUGGUUAUUGAUGAAUGAUGUCAUGAGUGAAAGUGAGAAAAAAAAUGGAUGGGCGACAGUUAAGGGAUUGGCAUAUAUCGCAGUGGCCCAAGCACCUCUGAUGAAUAAUAAUCCUUCACUCGUUGCUGCUGCCAUUAUGCGGAUAUCUCUUCACUUGUUUUAUAAUCGUCGCCAACUUCCGGAGGAUAAAUUUCUCCAAGUCAUCUCAAGCCUUCUGCACGAAGAAAAUCAAUACGUGCCGAUCGCCACAAACCUUUUAAAUUGGAUUUUGUCUUCUCCAGGUCCAAAAUACAUUCCAACGAUCGCUCGUGUGUUUAAAGCCAAUCAAGAUCAUCCCAGUAAAGAAGAAUUAGAAAUGAUUGCCUGUGAAUUAAAGAACUUUGACAACAAAUCGGGUGUUUCUUUUGAAUCGAUCCCGAAAGAAUUUUAUUUUUUAAUCAACUUCGUUCAAAUUUGCUCGUUUGGUCAAAAAUUUUUCCUCAAAAUGCGAUCAAAUAAAACCGAGACAACGGCGGUAGACAAGGAACGAGACACGGAACAUCUCUUGCCAUACAGUGAGGGGGAAGCUUCAAAGAAGAUCAUCGUUUGGAAAGAUCUUUGGGCAACAGUACCCGUCAAUGAAAGACCGAAACGCAUCAAUCCUUGGCGAAACGAUGAAAAGCAAAUGACCGGAAAGAAAGCUGUCCUCAAAAAUGUUUAUGGAGUGGCAUUGCCUGGCGAGAUUCUAGCAAUCAUGGGCGGUUCUGGUGCCGGAAAAACAACUCUUCUCAACAUUCUCACCAACAACGAACAGAGAGGCGUCGAGCAAUCGGGCGUCGUACUUGUGAAUGGCGACGAAGUGAAUGUAACAACGAUGCGACGAAUGGCUGCAUUUGUGCAACAAGUCGACCUAUUUUGCGGCACUUUGACGGUAAAAGAACAGUUGCUUUUCUCGGCAAGUCUUCGCAUGGGACGGGGUUAUACACGUGCUCAACGACGUCAACGCGUUGAUAAAGUCAUUAAUGAGAUGAAUCUAGUCGAUUGUCAGGAAACGAUGAUUGGGAUACCAGCUCGAACGAAAGGCAUAUCUGUCGGAGAAAAGAAACGCUUGGCUUUUGCAUGCGAGCAACUUUCAUUGUUGAAGUGUUUAAUUUCUUUAAUAUUGUGUUUUUAUGUGCUCACUGAUCCGUCAAUUUUUUUCUGUGAUGAGCCAACAAGUGGUCUCGACUCGUUCAUGGCACAACAAGUUGUCAGCUGCCUUGUUCGGUUAGCCGCUCAAGGGAAAACCAUCGUCACUGUCAUUCAUCAACCGUCAGCCGAAGUCUUUAAAAUGUUUCACAAAGUGUGCUUCAUGGCUAAUGGACGAACUGCUUUUCAUGGCCGAGCCUCGGACAUUUGCGAUUUUUUGGAGGCGAUUCACGAUGAUCAAAUAGAUGUUCCAUUCGAUUCUGCUCCAGCCGACCACAUGAUUAAACUUCUCUCGGUAGAGCCAGCAACAAAGGAGUACGAUAUUCGACGGAUCGAUCGAAUUACUGAAGCUUUUGAGAAGAGCAGUCAUGGAGAGUUGUUGCAAAGGAUUGUGCAUGGAGAAUUGAGUGGCAGUGUGCGCACCCUGCAAGAGAGCGGAAACCUUGAAUUGGAGAAGAUUCCACGUUAUUCAUCGUCUUUCUUGGUUCAAUUCUGGACACUUCUUAAGCGAUCGCUUCUUACAUGCCUUCGAGAUCCACUCCUUGUCAAAGUGAAACUCUUUCAAGUCGUUGUGACUGCCCUGGUUAUUGGACUAGUCAACCUUCGAGUGAAUAUUCGCGGUGAAACCAUUCAAAAUAUUGAGGGAGUACUCUUCAACACAAUUCGUGACAUGAACUUUCUCUUCAUCUUCCCGUCGAUCAUUGUGAUCACAGCCGAAUUACCCGUUUUCUUGAGAGAGCACAAGGCUCGGGUUUAUUCAGUCGACAGUUACUACUGGGCAAAGUCUUUCGCUGAGCUACCCCAGUACACAAUUCUGCCAAUCAUUUAUUCUUCAAUUGUUUAUUGGAUGACAGGUCUCCACGAAGGAGCUGGCCAGUUUUUCAAGUACAUCAUGAUGUGCAUUAUUCAGGCUUAUGUGGCCAAUACAAUGGCAACUUCUGGUGCUUGUGUGUUUGGCGAAGAGGGAGCCGCCAUUACUUUCAUGCCUCUUUUGGUGCUUCCGAUGCUCGUUUUUGGUGGCUUCUACAUUAGAUACGAAGACGUGCCGAUAUAUUUCCGGUGGAUCACCUGGAUUUCGUGGUUCCGCUUUGGAUUCGAGGCACUGGAGAAUAAUCAAUGGACGGCUCAUGGAGAUAUUAAAAAUUGCACUCCGCCAUGUGCAACACCAAAUGGUACUGAAGUGUUGAUUAGCCGCGAUAUGAACCCCGAUGUGUGGGUUUUUUGGAUGAACAGCGGAAUUCUCAUCGCAAUAUUUGUGUUAGGACGUGUCUUUGGAUUGGUGGCUUUGAAGUUGCGGGUUCGAUUCGGAAAA